CUGGUGAUACUCUGCGCCGCCAUAUUUGGAAAAAGGUUUUUAAUCGUUCUGGGCUGUUUGAUUCUGGCCAUACUGACCACGUUCAAGGAGCACGAGAAGGUGUCGGCGCACUGGCUGGUGAUCCUGGAGACCUUCGCCAUCUUCAUCUUCGGAGCAGAGUUUGCGUUGAGGAUCUGGGCGGCGGGUUGCUGCUGUCGCUACAAAGGAUGGAGGGGCAGGCUGAAGUUCGCUCGCAAACCCCUGUGCAUUUUAGACAUCUUCGUGCUGAUUGCCUCGGUGCCGGUGGUGGCGGUGCGGAACCAGGGAAAUGUGCUGGCCACGUCCCUGCGCAGCCUGCGCUUCCUGCAGAUCCUGCGGAUGCUGCGCAUGGACCGGAGAGGAGGGACCUGGAAGCUGCUGGGCUCCGCCAUCUACGCACACAGUAAGGAGCUGAUCACAGCCUGGUACAUCGGCUUCCUGUCCCUGAUCCUCGCAUCCUUCCUCGUCUACCUGGUGGAGAAAGAUGACGCCUCUGUGAAUGGGUCCGACCACGAGAACCCCACAGCCCAGCCCAAGGAGCAAGACUUUGACACCUACGCCGAUGCGCUGUGGUGGGGGCUGAUCACACUGACCACCAUCGGUUACGGGGACAAAACCCCAAAAACCUGGGCUGGGAGGCUGUUAGCCGGCACCUUUGCUCUCAUUGGAGUUUCCUUCUUCGCUUUGCCUGCAGGUAUUCUGGGCUCGGGCCUGGCCCUGAAGGUCCAGGAGCAGCACAGACAGAAGCACUUUGAGAAGCGCAGACAUCCGGCUGCAGGGCUCAUCCAGUCUGCCUGGCGAUAUUAUUCCACCAAUCCAAUCAGGGAAGACCUUAUUGCCACAUGGAGAUUUUAUGAAACUGUCAUCUCUCUUCCCUGUUUCAGGAAGGACACCUUGGAGGCCAUGGCGAGCCAGAAACUGAGUUUACUAGAGCGGGUUCGCCUUCCCAAUUCAAGACCAUCUGUAGUGGCGGUCAAGAAGCUGGCCGGUAACACGGACUCCAUCGAAGAGAGUCCCUCCAAGGAGCCCAAACCCGCCGGCUUCACCAACCGAGAACGCUUCCGCACCGCCUUCCGCAUGAAGGCCAACACACUCCGCCAGAGCUCUGAAGAUGCAGGAGGGGUGGCAGAUCCAGCCUUAGAGGAGCGGGGCUUUCCCCCAGACAUCCUCCUGGAGGACAUGAUCCCAACACUGAAACUGGUCAUCAGGGCAGUCAGGAUCAUGCAGUUCCUCUUGAACAAGAAGCGGUUUAAGGAGACUCUGAGGCCUUAUGAUGUCAAAGAUGUGAUCGAGCAGUACUCUGCUGGACACCUGGACAUGCUCUGUAGAAUUAAAUACCUCCAGACAAGGAUUGACAUGAUUCUUGCCCCUGGACCUCCUCUCACCCCGAAACACAAGAAAACUCAGAAAACACCCUUUACUUACCCGUCCAAUCAGUCACCCAGGCAUGAGUCCUUCCUAGCCAAAGCCACCUCCAUGCCAGAUGCUGAAGACCAAAGCAUGAUGGGCAGAUUUGUCAGGGUGGAGAGACAGGUGGAGGACAUGGAGAAGAAGUUGGACUUCCUGGUGGACAUGCACAUCCAGCACACUGAGCAUCUGCAGGUGGACUCUGCCGGCUCUGCCCACAUGACCUUAGAGACCUGCAAUCCUCCGAUGAAUGGUGAGAUCAGACGGGUUUUCCUCAACUACGCCGAGGCGUUCCCACACAUGUCGUACCAGGUGCCUGUCAGCAAGGGGAACCCCUAUUACGGCCGGGGAAGAGGAGGCAGAGAGGGGGUGGGGUUGGCAGGAGGAGGAGGCAUUGCUCCUCCGGUUCAUCAACCCCAACCCCCACCUCCAGCAACCAUCCCCACCUACACGGAGCGUCCCACAGUGUUGCCCAUCAGCUCCUUGCAGGACUUGUCGGUGGGGCUGGGUAGGACCACAGGGGGGCAGGGGUGUGACUCACCGCUCUCCAUGCUGUCAGUUAACCACGAGGAGCUGGAGCGCUCACCCAGCGGGUUCAGCAUUUCUGGGGAGCGGGAGGGGGAAGAGGGGGGGGGGCUUUUCAAUGGGGGCUGGGUUGGCGCCCGGGACCCCAGCUGGACAAGACCCAGGCCGAGCUACCUGGCGGAGGGAGAGACGGACACAGACACAGACCCCUUCACGCCAAGCGGGGGGCCCCUGCCUCUCUCCUCCACUGGGGAGGGAUUUGGCGACGCCGUGUGGACCACACCACCCUGAGAGGAGGCCAAUACCACACAGAACUCCACCAUUCAGAGUUAAGAUCGUAAAUUCAACCCACGCCUCUAAACCCAAACCACUGGGUCAAAGUGGACCCCUGUGGGGAGGGAAGGUGGGUCUUAUCCGAGAUCUUUGACCUUCAGAGGCCACCGCAGAUCUCAUCAUGCUGCCCGCAGUCCAGCCAGAGAGCCAUGACACUGAGACUGCCCAGAAAAGAAAAUGGGGAAACAGACCGUUUGUAAAGUAAAACUCUGUACAGCGCACUCUUUAGCUCACACAAAAAAAGAACAUUAAUAUACAUACUAUAUACACCCAAAAGCUUUAUUGCUGCAAAGCCAACCGCACUGCAUGUAACGCAUGCGAUUUUUAGUGUAGUCACUGCAAAGUUCAGGAUAUCAGGAACAGGAAAAAGAGAUCGAAUGGAUACGUAUACUUGCUAUGCCAUUUUUUUAACACUUAUUUUUUUAUAUGAAUACAUUUUCAUUGUUUUUGCAUGGUUUGCAUGAUAAUGCACCAUUGUAGGGGUUGAUGAUUAGAAGGUGAUCCUGGAACCAAAAGUCU